CAGGUGUCGUGGUAGGCUGCGUUACCACGUCAGUGAAGUUUACAGUGAAGGCUCCAGCCGGUUCCUCUUCCUGGGCCCCGGUACCUACCGCAACCCGCGCUGCGCUUUAUAACCGUGCUCCGCGCGUGUUCUCACACAGACCGCCAUCACAGAUUCCCUGCUCCCCGGGAACCGAGCUUAAUGUGAAGCCAACGUCAGCGCCACUGCCUAGGCCGCCAUCUUGGAAACAGGGUCACUCUCUCUGACAGGGCUGUAAAAAUGGUAGACCGAAAUAUCUACAUAGUUCAAGGAGAAAUCAGCACCGUCGUUGGUGCCAUAAAACGGAAUGCAAGAUGGAGCAUGCAUACUCCUUUGGAUGAGGAACAGGACCCACUGCUACACAACUUUAGUGUUCUUAAAGAAGUAUUGAAUAAUAUAAAGGAACUUUCUGAAAUUGAGCCAAACACAUUUCUUCGACCAUUUUUGGAGGUAAUCCGUUCAGAAGAUACUACUGGUCCCAUUACAGGACUUGCCCUUACUUCUGUCAACAAGUUCCUGUCAUAUGCACUAAUAGAUCCUGGCCAUGAAGGCACAGCUGAAGGAAUUGAAAAUAUGGCAGAUGCUGUCACACAUGCCCGUUUUGUUGGCACUGACCCAGCCAGCGACGAAGUUGUCUUGAUGAAAAUCCUGCAGGUCUUGCGCACCCUGCUUCUCACACCGGUUGGUGCACAUCUAACCAAUGAGUCGGUUUGUGAAAUCAUGCAGUCCUGUUUCCGUAUAUGCUUUGAGAUGAGGCUGAGCGAGUUAUUGAGAAAAUCUGCAGAGCACACUCUUGUCGACAUGGUGCAGCUGCUCUUCUCAAGGCUACCGCAAUUCAAAGAAGAAGCUAAAAGUUACAUAGGAACAAACAUGAAAAAGAUUUCUUCAUGUCUACUCUGCAAAGUGGAGCUUUAUAGUGGUGAUCACCCCAAAAACCUGAACCAGUUAGAGAGGGCUUACAAUAUGUUUUGGAAAAACAAACGUGUUCAGUUGAAAAUGAGAGCAGGGGGAAUGAGCGACUCUUCAAAAUGGAAGAAGCAAAAGAGGUCUCCGAGGGCACCACGCCACGUAACAAAGGCUGGAGCUGACCCAUCCUCACAGCAGGCGUUAACCAAUGGUACCUCCAUGACCACCAAUGUAACCGGUGGAAUUCCUUUUAUUGAUGCUUCGUCACCAGAUGCUACCUCGUCCUUCUCAGUGGGAAGUUCAGAAACAACAUCAUCUGUUGUUAGUCCUGUAACUGACAGUGGCCUAGAAUUGUCCUCCCAGACUACAUCGAAAGAGGACCUCUCUGACCUUGAUCACAGUGUGGCUACGGCUCUUAUGCGAGCUGGAGAUAUAUGCCUUUCAGAACAGCAGAACCAGGAAGACAACAAGAAUGAAGAGUUGAUGGGGAGGAAGACCCAGUCUGCUUCAGUGGAGUCCAUUCCAGAAGUUUUAGAUGACAACAUGUCCAUGGCUGACCAGUCUGACUCUGCGUCUGUUCAUGAUAUGGAUUAUGUAAACCCCAGGGGCGUGAGAUUUACUCAGCCUUUUCAGAAAGAAGGAACAGUCUUGGUACCGUAUGGACUGCCUUGUAUCCGUGAACUAUUCCGCUUCCUUAUAUCUCUGACUAAUCCCCAUGACCGCCAUAACUCUGAGGUGAUGAUACAUAUGGGAUUACAACUUAUUACAGUUGCCCUAGAGUCUGCACCUAUUUCAAACUAUGUCUCACUUUUGGGCCUGGUAAAGGAUGAACUCUGCCGGCACUUGUUCCAGCUGCUAAGCGUGGAACGGUUAAACCUGUAUGCCUCUUCUUUACGAGCAUUUUUUCUUCUCUGUGAAAGUAUGAGAGAACAUUUAAAGUUUCAGAUGGAGAUGUACAUAAAGAAGCUAAUGGACGUUAUUACCAUGGAGAACCCUAAAAUGCCAUACGAGAUGAAAGAAAUGGCUUUGGAAGCGAUUGUGCAACUAUGGCGGAUUCCCAGCUUUGUGACCGAGCUCUAUAUUAAUUAUGACUGUGACUACUAUUGCUCCAACCUCUUUGAAGAUCUCACCAAGUUGCUCUCCAAGAAUGCAUUUCCUGUGUCCGGACAGCUUUAUACAACUCAUCUUCUUUCCCUGGAAGCUUUACUUACCGUCAUAGAUAGUACAGAAGCACAUUGCCAGGCCAAAAUUCUCAGCAACGCCGCACAACAGGAUAUGAAAGAGACUGGGAAAACCUCUGUGGAUACCUCAGAAGGAACCAAAGAAUCUGGAAAUAGCAAUGAUUGUCCUACUGAAGUAAAGAUGACGAAUGUAAAUGAAGAACCUACUGGAGCACGACCUCCCACUAGUGGUCAUCUUAUGGCAGAUAAAAUGUGUCAUGGCAUACAGGAAGCAGAGGAAAGCACAGAAGGAGUUCAGAAGAAGACGGUAAGGAAACCACAGAGGUUUUCAUCCUACCUUCCAACUGUACAGGAAUUGAAUGAAAUAAAGAAUAAGAAAAAGCUUCUAAUAACUGGUACAGAGCAAUUCAACCAAAAAUCUAAGAAAGGGAUACAGUUCCUUCAAGAGAAAAACCUCUUGGCAACGCCUAUGGACAACAAUGAGGUGGCUCAAUGGCUCAGAGAGAACCCAAGGCUGGACAAGAAGAUGAUUGGGGAAUUUGUGAGCGAUCGCAAGAACCUUGAUUUACUAGAAAGCUUUGUAGGGACUUUUCUUUUCCAAGGCCUGAGAAUUGAUGAGGCUUUAAGACUUUACCUUGAAGCUUUCCGUUUACCUGGCGAAGCCCCUGUUAUUCAUAGGCUGCUGGAGGCUUUCACAGAGCACUGGAGAAAAUCUAACGGAACUCCCUUUGUAAAUAGUGAUGCCAGCUUUGCUUUAGCAUAUGCCGUCAUAAUGCUGAAUACUGACCAACACAAUCACAAUGUCCGGAAACAGAAUGUGCCAAUGACUCUUGAGGAAUUCAGAAAAAACCUUAAAGGUGUAAAUGGCGGUAAAGACUUUGACCAGGACAUGUUGGAAGAUAUUUAUCAUGCAGUAAAAAAUGAUGAGAUUGUAAUGCCAGAGGAGCAAACCGGCAUUGUGAAGGAAAAUUACAUGUGGAGUGUAUUAUUGCACAGGGGUGCCACUCCAGAGGGUAUCUUCUUGCAUGUGGCCCAAGGAAGCUAUGACCAUGAUCUAUUCACAAUGACAUGGGGACCAACUAUUGCAGCUUUGUCAUAUGUUUUUGACAAAAGCAUGGAUGAAACCAUCAUUCAGAAAGCUAUAUCUGGUUUCAGGAAAUGUGCAAUGAUCUCUGCUCACUACGGACUAAGCGAUGUUUUCGACAAUCUUAUUAUUUCUUUGUGCAAGUUUACAACUCUUAGCAGCGAGGCUGCAGAGAACCUUCCUACUGUUUUUGGAAGUAACCCAAAAGCCCAGAUUGCUGCAAAGACUGUGUUUCACCUUGCGCAUCGCCAUGGAGACAUUUUACGGGAGGGCUGGAAAAACAUUAUGGACUCCAUGCUACAGCUCUUCCGCGCUGAACUGCUGCCCAAGGCUAUGGUAGAGGUUGAAGACUAUGUAGACCCCAAUGGAAAGAUCUCACUUCAGCGGGAAGAAAUUCCUGCCAACCGUGGGGAGUCUACUGUUCUGAGUUUUGUCAAUUGGCUUACUCUCAGCGGAACAGAACAGUCAAGUCUAAGAGGGCCAUCUACAGAGAAUCAAGAGGCAAAGAAAAUGGCUUUGGAAUGUAUAAAGUUGUGUGAUCCAGAGAAGCUUAUCUCAGAGAGCAAGUUCCUCCAACUAGAGUCUUUGCAGGAGUUGAUGAAGGCGCUGAUAUCCGUAACCCCAGAUGAAGAGACUUACGAUGAAGAAGAUGCUGCAUUCUGCCUUGAAAUGCUGCUAAGGAUUGUGCUAGAAAACAGAGAUCGUGUUGGCUGUGUAUGGCAAGCUGUGCGAGAUCACCUCUACCAUUUGUGUGCUCAUGCGGUAGAGUUCUGUUUUCUGGUCGAACGUGCUGUGGUAGGGCUGCUGCGCUUGGCAAUACGCCUUUUACGCAGAGAAGAUAUAAGUGCACAGGUUCUUCAUUCUCUGCGUAUUCUUCUUAUGAUGAAACCUAGUGUGUUGUCCAGAGUGAGUUGCCAGGUGGCUUUUGGUCUUCAUGAACUGCUAAAAACCAAUGCUGCCAACAUUCACUCUAGCAAUGACUGGUACACCCUCUUCUGCCUACUGGAGUGUAUAGGGGCAGGAGUGAAGCCUCCACCCGCUCUACAGGUGACAAACAGAGCUGAUAAUGACACAGGUGCUCAAUCAGACAGUGAAAUUUCUUCCUACCAUGCCAGUGAUGUGAGCCAUGACCGUGGAUACACGUCUGAUUCAGAAGUAUACACAGAACAUAGCAAACAGUCAAAGAUGCACCGUUCCGUGACUGAUGUGGACAUGGUGAACAGUGGGUGGUUGGUGGUUGGGAAGGAAGAUGUGGAUUCUCCUAAACUUGCUGCAAACAGCAAACCACUUACGAAUGCUCUUGUGAACCAGUAUAGUCUAACUAUUGGUCUGGACUUUGGCCAGCAUGAUACCAAAUCCCUUAUGAAGAGCGUUGAAUCACUCUCUUUUAUUGUCCGCGAUGCUGCACAUGUAACACCUGAAAACUUUGAGCUCUGUGUGAAAACCAUUCGCAUCUUUGUAGAGGCGAGUCUUAAUGGAGGGUGCAAAUUUCAGGAGAAAAGAAUAAAGAGCCACAAGUAUGACAGCAAAGCCAACCGCUCUAAGAAGAAAACCAAGGAAAAAGACAAUCAGGUUCGACGCUCUAAAAUUUCCAAUCAGCGUCAGUACCGCAAUCACAGUGAUGAUGAGGAGGAUGAAAGUGUACCAGCCAGCUACCACACUGUGUCAUUACAGCUUCUGGACUUGAUGCACACUUUGCACACUCGGGCUGCCACAAUAUACAGUUCUUGGGCAGAGGAACAGCGCCAUCUAGAGUCAGCCGGGGAAAAGAUCACAGCAGACUCCAGGACUCUAUGGUCAAAUUGCUGGUGUCCACUAUUACAAGGUAUAGCGUGGCUGUGCUGUGACGCCCGGCGUCCGGUUAGAAUGCAAGCUCUCACAUACCUGCAGAGGGCCCUCUUAGUCCAUGAUCUUCAGACUCUGGAUGCACUUGAAUGGGAGUCCUGCUUUAACAAGGUCAUGUUCCCACUGUUGACAAAACUGCUGGAGAACAUUAGCCCUGCUGACGUGGGAGGCAUGGAAGAGACCAGAAUGAGGGCCUCCACCCUCCUUUCUAAGGUCUUCCUGCAGCAUCUCUCGCCUCUGCUUUCCUUGACAACAUUUGCUGCCCUGUGGCUAACGAUACUUGAUUUUAUGGACAAGUACAUGUUUGCCGGAUCAAGUGACUUACUGUUGGAAGCUAUUCCUGAAUCCUUGAAAAACAUGCUGCUAGUUAUGGAUACAGCGGGAAUAUUUCAUAGUGCCGACUCGCGGACUGGAUACUCGGACUUGUGGGAAAUAACUUGGGAGAGAAUAGACUGCUUCCUUCCUCGUUUAAGGGAAGAGGUUUUUAAGCAAACUGUCAUACAAGAGCCACCCCAUGUAGCAGUAACAGAGCACAAUCCUCCAAAGACCACAGUCGCACCUUCUCCUCCUGCCCCAGCCCCUGCCCAAACAGACACCAGGAUGGCUCCUGCUCAAGCACAAUCAGAAAGUCAGGCUGUACAAAGACCUAAUGAUUCCGAAACUGCAAGUUCAGCAGUUCCUACUGUGACAGUACCUGUUUCCAGUUCUUCCUGCUCUCCCAUAAGAAUGAGCCCUGUAACAGAAAUACCUUCCAACUUAACGCAGUCUCCUCUUAUACUACACCCACUAACUUCCCAUUUGCAGGUGGGAGUUCCCGCAAUGUCUCUGCCAAUCAUCCUUAACCCUGCUUUAAUAGAGGCUACCUCUCCAGUGCCGCUCCUGUCCACUCCUCGACCUGCUGAUUCGUCACCAGUCUCAGAGGUCAAUUAAUGCCUAGCCUAAUGGACUGUGCUUGAUUUUUAUUUUUCUUCUUCACUUGAACUUGCAAUAGAACUGGUCAAGAAAAAGACUAGCUGCCAUUUUUAUUUAAAGAAUGCCAUUAUAAGAAAUAAACAGUUAAUGAGAAAA